AUGAGACAACUAAGAUACCAUGAACAAAAGCUACUAAAAAAAGUUAAUUUUUUAGAAUGGAAGAAUACAAAUACUACAAGAGAACAUUUUGUUAUAGGAAAGUAUAAUCUAAAAGAUAGGGAAGAAUAUACACGAUACAAUCAAAUAGUGGGUAAAAUUAGAAAGAUUACUGAAAUGCUAUCAAGGCUUAAAGACAAUGACUACACCAAAAAGACCAUCAGUACUAAACUGGUAAAUAGAUUGUAUGAUUUAGGACUAAUUUCUAAUAAAAAAUUAGUUGAUUGUACUAAAAUAUCAGUGUCUGAUUUUUGUGAGCGUAGGCUUCCAAUGCUUUUAAAGAAAAAUAAAAUGGUAGAGAAUUUUAUUGAUGCAACAAGAUUUGUAGAACAUGGGCACAUUAGGCUUGGGCAUAAAGUUGUAACAGAACCGAGUGUAAUUAUUAGUAGAGCUAUGGAAGAUUUUAUAAAUUGGGUAGAAGGUAGUAAAAUUAAAAGAAAGAUUGACGAGUAUAAUGAAGAACUUGAUGAUUUUUAA